AUGGCGUUUGCAACGCAGUGGGCGCAGGGAAGUCGGCGACAAGGCGAAACCUAUCCAGUCCCACGCUUUGCCUCACCGCAUGAAACCUUUGACGAGUUUGUCGAGGAGAGCUUCGAUCGUGACCUGCAGCGAUACUUUUGGAACCAAGCCAAGAAGGCCCUGCAAGAGACGGAAUACAUCGAGUGUUACAGGGUCGCAGCUGCUGAGAUGGUCCUCAGUCUCGCGCAGAGGCCAUGGGCGCAGGAUGACGUCGAUGACUUUCUCGGCGAGCGUGAGCGUGCGCGAACUCCGGAUGGUGCCUUCGAGACAGGGUCAAUUAUGUCGAGAAUCGCGUGCGCCAUCUCGAGGGACGGCCCUCCCGUCCAUAUUGAGAGGGCUACUCGAAAGAUGCACAUUCUCAAGUCUCGCUUCAUUUCAGCUAGCAAAAAGGCAGCCAAGGCACAAGGGCGCACCGGGACCGAAGCCAUUCAUAUCAUGACACCCGAAAACGAGACGACAGUCGGAUUACUCUACUGGCUCGCUGUCAUGUUCGACACGCUCUCCUCGUCCAUGGACGCGCGUCCUGUGACGGUGGCGGACCAAGACUGCCAGCACGACGACCUCCCGCCCAGCGAAGCAGAAAAUGAGAGGUGGCAUGUCGAUCUCUUCAUCAAAGAUACGCUAGAGGCGCCCUCUCAGCGCCUACGCUGGCCGUGCUCCUACGAAGACGCCGCCGAGGCCGUAACACGCUCCGGUCCCGUCAAGGUCCUACUGUACCGUCACGUCUCUUACCUUCAGACCCUCCUCCGGCGCGGUCAAGCGGGCGCGCGCAUCGAGGAGACUCUCGCGCCCACGACUUCGCUCUAUCGAUACUGGAACGUCACGCACGGCGCCUUCUUCCGCGACCUGCUGCGCGACUUUGACGCCGUGCCUGGUCGCAUACGGAGCUGGUUCUUCUGCAUCUCCGCCCCACUGGCACCUCGCUGUGCUCAUCGGGGGCGCAGGCGCGCCGCUGCCAGGAUGGUGGCCGCCAUGCGGGAGACGAGCGUCAGGGAGCUGGCGGACCUGGCGGGCGUCGCGACGCCCCGAGCGGUGGGCACGGAGCCGCACCUGCCGGGCUUCCACCACGCCGUCAAUGAGGGGACCGUCCUCGCCGAGCCGUGGACCAUAAUCCUGAUUAGGGCCUUCUCGCGGGCGGCGGUGCUGAUCAUGGAGGAGGCGGACAACUAUCGAAGGUACGGCCUGGUGCGGUCGUGGGGCGGGCCGCAUGAAGGCUGGAACAGCCUCGAGCGCGCUGACGACUGCAUCCGGACGCUUUUCUACCUGGGGAAGAAGUCGGACAUGGCGAGGCGCGUGGCUGAUAUCCUCUCCGACGCGCUGGCGUCUCUCCGUCUCGCCGACGACGGACCACCGCUCGGUGGCCAUGGGGGCGACGGCGCGGCCGGCCGAGGCGGCGGCAGCAGCACAUCGCUAGGAAGCGAGGGCAAAACGGCGGCGACUGGGAGUUCCUCAACCGAAAGCUGGACGGCGGCGACGGAGAGCGAUCUCGCGUCUUCGGGCGGUUGGGGUGAAGCGGGAACGUACUGGAAUGUAUCAUCAUUAGGGGGUGCCGGUUUGGCGAUUUGCGGUUGA